UACAUUCUUCCUCUUUAUUUUUUCCUUAGUGAAAUUAUAACAUUUACACAUUCUUUAUCAAGUAAUUGUAAGAGAGACAACAUGUCGGAAAUGGCCAUUGUAAAUCAUAACUUUCUCAUGAAUCAUAAGAAGUCGAGAGAGGGAAAAUGAGUAUGUUAUUUGCACAGUCAAUCCCCAAUUUUUUCGUCACAUAUGUUUCCGUAUCUCGUUAUCACGGCCAAGGUGCCUAUAAAAGCUCUCUCUAUUGCGCCUUUUCAGGGAGUUUUUCUUACACGCCGCUGCAAUGAAGAUUCUCGUCGUUUUCCUCACUCUCUUCGCCGCCGGCGGUUGGGCUUUUUUCGGCCCUGACGUUCCGGGCAUUUUCCGCGCCGCCCAAAUUGUGCCCAAUGUGAUUCCCGUGGCGCCCCAGCGACAGCUCGAAGUGAUCUACGAGCGCCUCAACCGCGUCUCCUUGGGCGAGGAGCUCACGCCCAGCGCGGUGCGCAAUCCGCCGGUCGUGGUGAAGUGCCUCCUGUGCGGCAUCAGCCUGCGCGGCUUCUACACUCUCGUCCUGAUCGAUCCCGACGCGCCGAGCCGCGACAAUCCCUUCGAGGCGAACUUCCUGCACUUCAUGGCCGUCAACAUUCCCGGGCAUCGCUUCACGCACGCCCUGCACCAGGGCGAGACUGUGGCUGAGUACAUGGGCGCCAUACCUGGCCAGAACACCGGCCAUCAUCGCUACAUCUUCCUCCUCUAUCGCCAGCGCGGCGGCCAGACGCUCUUCGACGAGCCGCGCAUUCCCAGUAACAACACUUCGCUGCGCCGCAACUUCGCCCUGGACAACUUCGUGGCCAGAUACAGCCUCGAUCUGGCGGCGGGGAACUUCUUCCAGGCCGCCUAUGACUCCUCCGUGAACGCGCUGAGUGCGCAAUUUGUCGAUUCUGACCGGAAAUAAAGUCACGCCGCUAAUCAGUGGCCAAGAAUCUUUGAUAAAGA